AUGACCUGUCCUCUAUCGGAGAGAGAGCAGUCAGGUUCUCUAUCAGAGAGAGAGAGCAGUCAGGUCCUCAAUCGGAGAGAGCAGUCAGGUCCUCUAUCGGAGAGAGAGAGCAGUCAGGUCCUGUAUCGGAGAGAGAGCAGUCAGGUCCUGUAUCGGAGAGGGAGCAGUCAGGUUCUGUAUCGGAGAGAGAGCACUCAGGUCGUCUAUCGGAGAGAGCAGUCAGGUCCUGUAUUGGAGAGAGCAGUGAGGUCCUCUAUCGGAGAGAGAGCAGUCAGGUUCUCUAUCAGAGAGAGAGAGCAGUCAGGUCCUCAAUCGGAGAGAGCAGUCAGGUCCUCUAUCGGAGAGAGAGAGCAGUCAGGUCCUCUGUCGGAGAGAGAGAGCAGUCAGGUCCUCUAUCGGAGAGAGCAGUCAGGUCCUGUAUCGGAGAGAGAGCAGUCAGUUCCUCAAUCGGAGAGAGCAGUCAGGUCCUCUAUCGGAGAGAGAGAGCAGUCAGGUCCUCUAUCGGAGAGAGAGCAGUCAGGUCCUGUGUCGGAGAGAGAGCAGUCAGGUCCUCUAUCGGCGAGAGAGAGCAGUCAGGUCCUGUAUCGGAGAGAGAGAGCAGUCAGGUCCUCAGUUGGUGAGAGAGCAGUCAGGUCCUCUGUCGGAGAGAGAGCAGUCAAGUCCUGUAUCGGAGAGAGAGAGCCGUCAGGUCCUGUAUCGGAGAGAGAGCAGUCAGGUCCUCAGUCGGAAGAGCAGUCAGGUCCUGUAUCGGAGAGAGAGCAGUCAGGUCCUCAGUCGGAAGAGCAGUCAGGUCCUGUAUCGGAGAGAGAGCAGUCAGGUCCUCUAUCGGAGAGAGAGCAGUCAGGUCCUGUAUCGGAGAGAGAGCAGUCAGGUCCUCUAUCGGAGAGAGAGCUGUCAGGUCCUCUAUCGGAGAGGGAGCAGUCAGGUCCUGUAUCGGAGAGAGAGCAGUCAGGUCCUCUAUCGGAGAGAGCAGUCAGGUCCUCUAUCGGAGAGAGCAGUCAGGUCCUCUAUCGGAGAGAGUGAGCAGUCAGGUCCUGUAUCGGAGAGAGAGCAGUCAGGUCCUGUAUCGGAGAGAGAGCAGUCAGGUCCUCUAUCGGAAAGAGCAGUCAGGUCCUGUAUCGGAGAGAGAGAGCAGUCAGGUCUUCUAUCGGAGAGAGAGCA